UUCUAACAUUCGGUGUUGAUUAUUGGAACUGGAAUGUUUUGUGGAAAUGUCACAUCGUUGCACCUUUCAACAUUACAGUGAAUGAGAUGAAUAUGUACACGUACAAUAUUCCUAAAGAUAAAUCGGAGGCUCCACAUACCGUAAUAACAGCCAGCAAGCGGGAUUCUUUGGGCCAAUAUUGGAUGCAAACACACACCGGACAGACCUGGUUUCACUCACAUCCGCACCUUUGCUCAACCGAUUACUCUACAUUCUACAGUCACUGGAUGCCAUUGAGUGAUGGACGGAAUCUUUUUCAAAUUUUAACCCGAACGCCAACUAUAAAUGGUGAGGACAUUACCAAAUUUACGGCCCUUGCAGCUAAGCAAGGAGUGGACCCUGCCACGUUAAUAACAUUUGGAUGUGGCGAUUUGAUUCCAUCUGACUAUUUACUAGCUUAGAUAUCACUUAAUCAUCGAUACCAAUUAACUUUAUAAUGAGUAUUUUGAAAACCCUCCCAUGCAAUGUUCCCUCUAAUUUUUUGUAGUAUGUGUGCGCAGAAAUUUUGGUGUGUGCGCACUUUUUUGGAAAUGACCAAUAUUUGUGUAAAAACCAAUGA